UUACUUCAAGUCUUCAAAAACAGAAGAAACCGUUGAGAUGAUGGAGAAGGUUGGGUUCAUCAUUGUAUCUCUCUUAAUAAUGGUAUCCGUUGUUGACAUUUCAGCUAAAGAAGAAAUAUCACCGAGACUGUCUCCGAUAGAGCAUUCUUCCCCGUCACCGCCUCAGCAAGAUAACGAAAUGUCUCCAAUAUCUCCGACGAUGAUGUCUAAUGAUUACGAUUAUCCGUCUUCGUCUCAGUUUACGGAAUCAAGUGAUCUCAGUUACACUGAAAAUACCAGAACGGGAGGCAAAAAAGUAGCCUCCGGAGGCGGAGGAAACAAGACUGGAGUUGUCGUUGUUGGAGCCAUUGCAGCGGUGAGUAUGGUCUGCUUCGGUGGUGUAUAUUUGUUCAAGCAACGGCGUGACAACAUUCGUCGAUCGCGGUAUGGAUACGUCGCCACUGAAUUCUUCUGAAGAUAACUUUGAGAGGUUUGAAGGCCAUCUUCAGAAGUCUAGUUUCUUUUCAAAUGUUCUUGGUAAAUAUUUGUUUGUUCGUUUCUUGCAUAUAUCUUUUGUAAUUUGAAAUUUCUAAUGAUUUGAUUUUG